AAAUUUCAUUCACACAAUAACCAUAUUUUUUUAAACAUUAAAUAGUCUAAAAAUACCAUAUAUUAAUUAUUAAUUUUAAAACACAUAUUUCUUACUUUUUCUGUCCAGAUUCCAUGAUUAUUUUGUAAAAUUGUUGAGUAAAAAUUGAAAUGUAAGAAAUACAUUGAAAUGUCCAAAUCAAAACUGAUAAGGAAAAAUAUAAUGAUUACCUACAACCUACUGUUUAUUAUUUCUUUUGAUAUCAGCAUCAAGUUUUUCUUUUUAUUCGUCAAUAAUAAAUUAUAUGCUAUUAUAAGUACAUAGAUUUGGCGGUUUGGGGACAUGAUUGUUAUUGUCAAAUAAAUUAUUAGAUUUAGGUAGAAGUCACGUGUUUGCCAUUUCCCGUUUGAUUAUCUUCUUAUUUCACCAAUAACAUUGGUAUGGCCAAGGUAAAUAUUUUUAAAUAUAUAUACAAUAUACCUUCAUAUUAUUUUAUAGUAUAAGGUUUUUGAAUUUUGUAAAAAUAAAAUGAAAUUAAUAGUGAAGUAUUGUCGUGCAUGUAUAUUUUUACUUAAUAUUUUAAAUUUAAAUUCUGAUUUCAGGUGUAACCUAUUAUCAUGAUACGUAGAUCAAAACGUGUUCUUAAACUAAAAACGGCUAUUGAAAAUGGUUGUCACAAUGAGCCUCCAACCAAACGCAAAAAACAACGUGCUUCUUGUUCUGAAUCCUCCUCUGACAAUGAUUCGUCAGAUGAGGAUAAUAGUUCUGGAGAUGAAUUUGUUCCAAUACAGACUACUGAAAACAAAAGGUCUUGCACAUUAACUAAACAUAAACCCUAUUCUCAUUCUGAGGUUACUAUUAAUGAUUCAUUAGAUAAAGAUAAUAGUUCGGGUGAUGAAUUUGUUCCGACACACUCUACAGAAAACCAAAGAUCUGGUACAUUAAAUUUAUCAGAAUCAGAUAGUGACAAUGAUACUCAAGACUGUAAUAAGACAAAAGCAAAACAAUUGCAACAGUCGGAUACUGAGAGUGAAGAAGAAGAAAUUUGUCAAACAAAUUUUGAUUUUACUAAUUUUUUAAGUUCUCAAAAUGACGCAUUACUUACAGAAACUGAAGUUAAACCUCAACCUGUUGACACAACAGAUAUAAAUGGUCCUUAUAAUAAUAUGGAUGUUGCUAAAAUACUGUCUGUCGGAGAAGGAGUUAAUUUAGGAACUGUUUUAGAUAAUACAGAUAAUAAUGCAGAAAAAAAAGUAAAACGUGACGAUAACUAUACUAUUCCUGAUAUGGUUGAAGUCAGUGUUAAACUUCCAAGUGAUGUUAAAUGUAAAAAAGGUCAAGAUAUGCAAAAUUUACUCAGAAGACGUAUGAAUACGAUAUGUAAAGAUACACAGAUUUUAAUUCAUAAAGUAAAUCUGCUCUUAUGGAUCACUUAUGGUAAUUAUUUAAAUAGUGUUAUUAAUUCACCAGAAGUCAUGGGGUCAGCAUUGUCUCUAAUACCUUCUGAAAAAGCAUAUCCACCAAAACAGUGUGAUUUAAAUUAUUUAGAAAAUUAUAUUGCAUGGUUUUCUAAAAAAAUUAAAAUUUCAUCAAAAAUCAAUCCAUUAGGAAAAAUUACUGUAUUAUCAUUGUCAGAGCAAUUUUCAAAUCGCGAAGCUAAAACAAGAUAUGAUUUGAUUGUAAUGUUUAUUUCAAUGUUAAGAUCAUUAGGGUUAAAUGUUCGGUUAGUAAUUAAUAUUAAUGCUGUUCCUAUCAAACCAACUUCCGAACAAUUAUUGGGUCCAUUACCAUUAACAGAUGAAGGUCAUAUGAAACCAUCCAGUAUUAAAUCUAAAGUUGUGACACCAGCAAAAUCUGAAUAUUUUAACACAAAAUCAACUAAAUUGAAAAUUGAUUUAAAAAAAUCUGAUAAAAACAAAUCUAAAUCUGUUAUUGGUGAUAAUAAAAGUAAAAAUAAAAAAUCCAAACUGAAUGAAAAAAUUGAUGAAAAUAAUUCUUCUACUGAUGAAGAAGAUUCCAUUUUUGUAAAAAGCAAUAAAAAAAAAUCUGAAUACUUCAAAUCAAAUAAAUCACAGGUUAAUGUAAAAAAGUCUGUUAGAAAAAAGUCCAAACCUGUUCUUGAUAGUAAAACAAAUAAGUCUAUAAAAGGCGAAAAAAUUGAUCGCCGUGUGCUUUCAACUGACGAAGAAGAUAAUAAUACUUUAACAGAAAACAACAAAACCAUAACAAAAAAGAAAACUAAAAAUGAUUUUUGGGCUGAAGUAUUUUUGGAAAUGGAGGAAAAAUGGUUUUGUGUAGAUGUAAUUGGCCAACGUUUACAUUGCAUUAAAGAAAUAUAUGUUAGUUGUUCAGUUAUUAUAGUAUAUAUAUAUAUAGAACAGUAACAUUGAGUUGUGAUAACUUAAAUCUAAUGUAGGUUAAUAUAUAUUUGAGGCAUCUAAAAUUUAUACUAUUGAGCCGGAUUCACAUCUGGGAGUGUGUUAGUAUGCCUUACGACUAAAAUCAUAAAACUGAAACAAUUGUAUGCAUCAUUUUGAGCAUAGAGUAAGUGUGGACGAUUAGCAAUAUGGUCGACUUGUUUAUUUAUUUAGUGUAUGCCACAUAAUUUUCUAUCAGAAGUUGAUUCUCUAAAAAGGAUCUAAAGAAUCAUGAUUCAUAAAUAAAUUUAAGAUUAGAUAAACGUGCUUAGAUUUGGACCUGGUUUUUAUAUUCUAAGGAAAUUAAUGUUUUUUAUGAAUUGAUAAUUUAAAAUUACUGAGAUAAAAUUUAUUACAACUUGAAUGUAUUUUUAUGAAUAUACCUAUAAUAAGAGUAUUUAUAUUAACUGACAAUUUUAAAUAAGUAUUUGAUUUUAUAAUUUCUUAUAUCUACAACUUAAUUAAAGUAUUUUGCUAAAGCUUUUAUUUUUUUUUAUAUUUACUAUUUACUUUGAAUAAUACAUUCACUCAGAUGAUAGAAAUACUCUAUUAUUUAUGUAUACUUUUAUUUAAUAUAAAUGUUUUAUCUUUUUUUUUUUCAAAAAUAUUUUAUAUUUUAGAAUGGUACAUCACACCCUAUGCGCUAUGUUUUGGCUUGGUAUAAUAAUAGUAACAUUAAAGACAUAACAAAACGCUAUGAUCCAUAUUUUCAUACUUUGACACGAAAACUCCGUGUAGAUCCUAAGUGGUGGAAAGAUACUUUACGGCCUUAUGCUCCUUAUCGUUCAGCUAGAGAACGUGAAGAGGAUGAAGAAUUAGAUAGACAAUUGGAAGAAACCCCUUUACCUAAAACUGUUUCUGAGUAAGUUAUGUCACAAUAUAUAUAAUGAAAAAUUGUAUUAUAGUAAGUUUUAUUGCUAAUUAUUGUAUUGUAUGUAUUGUACAAACAUUUUUUUUCUGCAAGGUACAAAAAUCAUCCACUGUAUGCCUUAUCGAGACAUUUAUUAAAAUUUCAAGCAAUUUAUCCACCAGAACCACCAAUUGUGGGAUAUAUUAGAAAUGAACCUGUUUACUUACGAGAAUAUGUUCAUGAACUUAAUGGUAGAGACAAUUGGCUUAAAGAAGCUCGUGUUGUUAAACUGGGCGAAACAUCUUAUAAGCAAGUUAAAUCACGCCCCAGGUUUGAUCGGGUUGGUUAUUAAUAUCAGUGAUUUCUGUAAUGUAGAAGAAUAAUCUAUUUUUUUAAAUCACAGAACGGUUUACGAACAGAUCCACCCCCAUUAGAACUGUUUGGUUAUUGGCAAACUGAACCUUAUGAUCCUCCAACUGCUUCUGAUGGAAAAGUUCCUAGAAAUUGUUAUGGAAAUGUUGAUCUAUUUAAACCUUGUAUGUUACCCAAAGGAACUGUUCAUCUUCAACGUAAGUGUCUUCUGGUUAGAUAUAAAAAUUUGUUGUAAUAUUACUGAGAUGCUAUAUUUGAUUUUAGUUCCUGGUUUGCUGCGAAUAGCGAAAAAAUUGAAUAUUGAUUGUGCUCCUGCAGUAGUCGGUUUUGACUUCCAUGCUGGUGGUUCUCACCCAGUGAAUGAUGGUUUUGUAGUUUGCAAAGAGUAUAAGGACACUUUAAUUGCAGCAUGGGACCAAGAAAUAGAAGAAAGUCGAAAGCGAGAACAAAAAAGAUAUGAGGAUAGAGUUUAUGGUAAUUGGAAACGAUUAGUAAAAGGACUUUUGAUUCGUGAAAAAUUAAAAAUUAAAUAUGAUUACUUUGGAGGAGUGAAUAAUAGCCAGUCAACAUCAAAAGCAAAUGAUGAAAAAAAAUAAUUAUUUUUUAUAUUUGUAAUUAAAUCAUAGUAUUAUACUUUAUAUCUACUUAACAGUAAUCAUUUACAAUUAAUUCUAACAGUAUUACUAUUUGUAUAUUAUUUUGAAUGUUUUGUAAAAAAUGUGCUUAAUGAAAAGAUUUUAUGUUACGAUUACACAAUGUUACUUCUAUUUUCUGAAAAUAAAAAGGAAUCCUUUUUAGUAUUAUAUUAACUGGUGCACAUUUCUUAUAUUUACAAUGAUAAGAUUGUUAACCAAUCUAAGAAUUGAAUUCUUAAACAAAAUAGAUAUGGACAUAUUUUGUGCAAUGGAUGGGCCACUAUUGUAGGUGAGAAGGUAGAGUAUAGAGUAGAAUUUAAAGUAUAUCUGCACACAGCGAUCAUUAAUA